GCACUCCUUUUUCUUUUUAAAUAUCGCUUGGUCUGUGGAGCUCUGCUGGGCUUGGCGCCUUGCUCUUUGAGACUGGAGACAGACGCAAACAGCCAGGGUAGACUGAGGUGGCAAAAGAAAAUCUGCCGAGAUGUUCGGUCAGGGACCCAGGACCCCAGCUUCAGGCUGCUACUAUCUAAAUUCCAUGACAUCUGAGGGCCAGGAGAUGUACUUGCGAUUUGAUCAGACUACAAGACGCUCUCCUUACAGGAUGAGCCGGAUUCUAGCGCGCCAUCAGCUAGUGACUAAAAUUCAACAAGAAAUUGAGGCAAAGGAAGCAUGUGACUGGCUCCGUGCUGCUGGGUUCCCACAAUACGCUCAGUUAUAUGAGGAUUCACAGUUUCCCAUUGACAUUUUGGCUGUUAAGAACGAUCAUGAGUUUCUUGAAAAGGACCUUGUAGAACCUCUUUACAGACGAUUAAAUACAUUGAACAAGUGUGCCUCAAUGAAACUUGAUGUGAACUUCCAAAGGAAAAAGGGUGAAGACUCAGAUGAAGAAGAUCUUUGUAUCAGUAACAAAUGGACUUUCCAAAGAACCAGUCGGCGGUGGUCUCGUGUGGACAACCUCCACACACUGUUUCCUGGGGGAGACAGAAAUGGGUCAUCUGGAGACAUUAGGAUGAGAAACACAACCAGCAGUGAAAGUGUCCUUACAGACCUGAGUGAGCCUGAGGUCUGCUCCAUCCACAGCGAGAGCAGUGGUGGGAGUGACAGACGCAGCCACCCCGGCAGCCAGGGCACUGGCCGGGAGGCGUUUGACUGCUCCAGCCAGUACUGCUCCGAUAGCCCAGUCAUGCUGGAUGCCAUGGUAUUCAGCAGCAGCCUCCCACAGUCCUCCAAAGACGUCCUCAACUACCCUUUCCACCCAAAGAAUGAGAAACUCAGUAGACCCAGAGCUAAAUCAUUUUUGAAACGCAUGGAAACACUCCGAGCAAAAGGAGCACAUGGAAGGUAUAAGGGGCAGACAGGUGGCUUGGUGAUCAGCGGGCCUGUGCUACAGCAGGAGCCAGAGUCCUUUAAGGCCAUGCAGUGCAUCCACAUACCUAAUGGAGAUCUCCAGAACUCACUCCCGGUUGCCUGCAGUAAAGGGCUUCAAUGCUCCAGCAAAUGGAGUGGUGAAAGCAGCCCAUCAGAAAACAGCAGUAGUGGACUGAGCACACCUGGCCUGAAGGAACGGAAAUGCCAGGAGGCCAACAAGCGCGGGGGCAUGUACUUAGAAGACCUGGAUGUGCUGGCUGGGACAGCACUGUGGAAUGCAGGUGACCAAAACCACACACAUGAGUUUCAUUCCCAGGAGAACUUGGUAGUACACAUUCCCAAGGAUCACAAACCAGGAACAUUCCCAAAGGCACUGUCCAUCGAAAGCCUCUCACCAACAAACAACAGCAAUGGGGUGAACUGGAGGACCGGUAGCAUCUCCCUGGGUAGACAGCAUGGCCCUUGUGCCAGGGAGCCUGGGCUCAUUGCCUCCUGCCACAGAGCAAGUCGAGUCAGUAUCUAUGACAACGUCCCAUUGUAUGCCAGCACAGGAGACCUUUUGGACUUGGAGAAAGAUGACCUCUUACCUCACUUAGAGGACAUUCUGCACCAUGUCAGUGGCCUCCAAGAGGGAGUGAAUGAACUGCAAGCACAUGAGGCCUUGGUUGGAAAACCUGGCUUAUGUCCCUUUCCAUUUCCUAAUCAGAUAACCCUAGAUUUCGAAGGCAAUUUUGUUUCUGAAGGUCAGACAACACCCAGUGAUGUGGAAAGAGAUGGACCAUCACUUAAUGAGUUGGAGACCACCGGGGUCAAAGAAAGAAGGGAUUCUGGUGUAGGGGCCUCUCUGACUAGGCCAAACAGGCGACUCCGAUGGAACAGUUUCCAGCUCUCCCACCAGCCUCAGCCAUCCACGGCAUCACCCCACAUCAGCAACCAGACUGCUGGCCAGUUGAACCUGCUCCAGCGCUUCUCGCUGCUCUGCCUCACGGCCAUCAUGGAGAAGCACUCCAUGUCCAACAAACACGGCUGGGCAUGGUCAGUUCCAAAGUUCAUGAAGAGGAUGAAAGUUCCUGAUUACAAAGACAAGACUGUCUUUGGCGUUCCUCUUAUAGUUCACGUCCAGAGAACAGGACAGCCCCUGCCUCAGAGUAUUCAGCAAGCACUCAGAUAUCUUCGCAGCAACUGCCUUGACCAGGUGGGCCUUUUUCGAAAAUCUGGUGUGAAAUCUAGAAUCCAGGCCUUACGUCAAAUGAACGAGAAAUCCCCUGAGAACCUCAGCUAUGAGGACCAAUCCGCUUAUGAUGUGGCAGAUAUGGUGAAACAGUUCUUCCGGGACCUCCCUGAGCCUCUUUUCACCAACAAGCUCAGGGAAACCUUUCUCCACAUCUAUCAGUAUGUUCCCGAAGAGCAGCGGCUGCAGGCAGUGCAGGCUGCCAUCCUGCUGCUGGCUGAUGAGAGCAGGGACGUCCUGCAGACGCUUCUGUGCUUCCUCAAGGAUGUUGCCAACUUGGUGGAAGAGAAUCAGAUGACACCCAAGAACCUGGCUGUGUGUCUGGCCCCCUCUCUCUUUCAUCUCAAUUUAUUGAAGAAAGAAAGCUCCCCCAGGGUCAUACAGAAGAAAUACGCCACUGGGAAGCCAGAUCAAAAGGACCUCAGUGAGAAUCUGGCCGCCUCUCAGGGCCUUUCCCACAUGAUCAUGGAAUGUGACAGACUUUUUGAGGUCCCGCAUGAGAUGGUAGCCCAGUUUCAUAAUUCUUACGUGGAGGCUGAGAUCCAUAUUCCAACUCUGGAAGACCUGGGGACCCAGGUGGAGGAAAGUGGGGCCACAUUCCACACUUACCUGGACCAGCUCAUCCAGGGCCUCCAGAAGGAAGCCAAAGAGAAGUUUAAAGGAUGGGUUACGUGUUCCAGCACAGACAAUACAGACCUUGCUUUCAAAAAGGUGGGAGACGGGAAUCCACUGAAGUUAUGGAAGGCUUCCGUGGAGGUGGAAGCACCCCCUUCAGUGGUUUUGAAUCGUGUGCUAAGAGAGCGCCACCUGUGGGAUGAGGAUUUUGUGCAGUGGAAGGUUGUGGAAACUCUGGACAAGCAAACAGAAAUCUAUCAGUACGUGUUGAACAGCAUGGCCCCCCAUCCUUCCAGAGACUUUGUGGUUCUCAGGACCUGGAAGACUGAUUUGCCCAAAGGAAUGUGUACCCUGGUCUCCCUCUCUGUGGAGCACGAGGAAGCUCAGCUCAUGGGCGGUGUGCGAGCCAUAGUGAUGGAUUCUCAGUACUUAAUAGAACCAUGUGGUUCGGGCAAGUCAAGACUGACCCACAUCUGCAGGAUAGACCUGAAAGGUCACUCCCCAGAAUGGUACAAUAAAGGCUUUGGACAUCUGUGUGCAGUGGAAGUUGCCAGGAUUAGAAACUCUUUCCAGCCCCUCAUUGCUGAGGGUCCAGAAACUAAAAUCUGAGUUUUCCCCAGUGUGACAUUAAGCUCAGGGAAGGGGAAGUGAAGGGAAACACCUGUGGGAGAGAGUGCACUCAAGAGAAAGUGAGAGAGGACAACUGAUUGACAUGGUUCCUGCUCAAAAUGGAAACACUGAGAAGUCAGAAUGUUGAAGAUGCAAGAGUUUCUGCGAACUUUCCUAGCCUUCCUGGAGAUAGCUAUAUUCCUACUAAUAUAAUAUUUUUAAAAAUGAAAACAUUUAUCUAUGUUACUUAAAAUUAAAUGGGUUUUCUUUGUGCAUUGCCUAAUUUGCUAUUUAAAAGCUUCUAAGAAGCAUAUUCUUAACUGUAACUAAAUGUAUGUAUAGCAUAUAUAAAGUGUAUAUAUCUCCCCCUUUACUGUAUAUAUGUAAAAUAUCAAUUUUAUAUAUAAUUGCAUAUUUUGAAACACCUGCCUUGCUGAGUCCCUUCCUUACAUGGUUCUUUCCAAGUUGCUCUGGGCCCCACCAUCCUGUAAACUGAGCAGAGCUGCUGCUGACAGGAAGGUGUGAAAAUGUGUAGCCUGUCAGUCUGCCCUGAUGUUCAACCAAAGAUGUACUAACCAAAGGCAAACAACAUUAAAAGGUUCUUAAGUGUUGUCAGGCCACUUUUGUUAUUUAAAAACUGAGAGUGGAGUGCUGGAUAAAGCAAGGAAAACAAUGGGUUCUCCUUUUUAAAGCAAAGAAGUGGUGAGAAGUCACUAUCAAAUUUACAGCUAGAUUCCCAGUUGCUCCUUGGCCCCACCGGGUGCAGAUUCAGUGAAAUAUCAGACCCCUAGAACCCUUGGAGUCAGUGAGAGACUGAACAGAACCCCUAUGUCCCUGCUAACUAGAGCUGACUAGAACAGCCUUUGCAUAUACGUAGCCAAAGGGAGCCCCUUUGUUCUAUGAUGUUUUCAAAGAUACAUUUCAUAAUGUUCUUAAAUGUCAUUCUAUUUGACCAGUGGCCUAUUUGGUCACAGGUAAUUGGCAUUUUCCUACCAGUGUAUUGCACUGAAUUUGACUCUGGACACUAGACAAAGGAAGAUGAUGGUCAUCUAAGAGUCCUGGACCAUUAAUUAUAGCUUCAGGGAAUUCUUAUUUUGUUAUGUAUGAUGCUCUUAAGACAUAAUUCAUUUAAGUUUUCCAAUGUGAAAGACAGGGUUUUAAACUAACAUAAGACCAAAACUAAGUUCUUCAAUUAAUUCUAGAAAAUAUAAACAGGUUUGUUAAACCCAUGUUUCUUCAUUAGCCAGUCAAGCUACCUGUGCAUUUGACCCUAUUUAUUAUUACAUAGACUAAGCAAGUUGACUCUCCUAAAUCAAUUGUUAAUGGGUUUAAUUUUUCUUAAUUAUAAUUCAACAACUGUAGAGAGAAAGAUAAUUUAUUGUGUUUGGUUUGAGGUAGACAGAUCUCUAAAUAGAGAUUGGUAUCAUCAUUUAGCAACUGGUGUUAGAGGAAAAAAAAGAAGAAAAAUGUUUUCCCCUUUUUGUAUUGUAUGCAUUUAUGUAAUGCUUUCUUUUAUCAGUAUUGUGCAAUUAUUUUAUUGAGAGGAAUUAAAAUGUUAUAUAUGAGUUCUGUGUGGAGCAAGAAAAAUCAUACUGUUUGAAUUAUGAUUUAGGAGUUUUUUGUUUCUUUGAUUACCUAGAAGGUGGCAGCAAAGCCAUAAUUUUCCAUUGGGCAAUGCCCUGUGAGCAAAACAAAAUCACUUCUGCCAUACAUCUUAAAUUUAACCAUAUGUGCUGGAUGACUUUAAUGGGCAUAGACAAGAUCAUUAGUGAAGUUUAACCUAGUUUAACAUGGGUCCUAUUCCAGAAAUGGGACCCUACAUGUUUGGAAACUGUGCUAGGCACACAAAGAUAAAUGGUAUUCUAUCACCAACUGUAGCAUGCACA